AUGGCGGCUUCGGAAACAGUUCUACGGGUUCCAUUGGGAACUUUAUCUACAUCUUGUUAUCUUGCUUCUUUCCUUGUUAACUCGACUCCUAGUCUCUCAUUUAAACCGGUUAGUCGAAAUAGAACGGGGUUAAGGUGUACAAACUUGCAUGAGAUCUCAAGAGUCUCAAAAUCCUUGGCGCGAGGAAAUUCGUUGCACAGUCCGAACUGUGGUUUUAAGGGUAAGAAAUUGGUUUUCACGAUAUGCAAAUGCCAAAAACAUGAUGUUGAGGAGAACAUCAGAUCCACGUUACUUCCUUCUGAGGGCUUGAGCAAUGAAUUGAAAAGCGAUUUGGAUGAAAUGCCUCUACCUGUAAACGGAAGUCUUUCAUCUAAUGGUAACGUACCAUCGGCUGGACCAAAAUCUAUAGAGGAUGAAGCGUGGGAUCUGUUGAGGCAGUCCAUUGUUUACUAUUGUGGCAGUCCUAUUGGAACGAUUGCUGCGAAUGACCCGAACUCUACUAGCGUUCUGAAUUAUGAUCAGGUCUUCAUUCGUGAUUUCAUACCCUCGGGGAUUGCCUUUCUACUUAAAGGAGAGUAUGAUAUUGUUCGUAAUUUCAUCCUUUACACCCUCCAAUUACAGAGUUGGGAGAAAACCAUGGAUUGCCAUAGCCCUGGUCAAGGUUUGAUGCCUGCUAGUUUCAAGGUGAAAACUGUUCCUCUUGAUGGUGAUGAUUCAAUGACAGAAGAAGUGUUGGAUCCUGAUUUUGGGGAAGCAGCAAUUGGACGUGUUGCCCCAGUUGAUUCUGGCUUGUGGUGGAUUAUAUUGUUGAGAGCAUAUGGAAAAUGCACAGGUGAUCUUUCCGUGCAGGAAAGAGUUGAUGUGCAGACCGGAAUCAAGAUGAUCUUAAAGCUUUGUCUUGCGGAUGGUUUUGAUAUGUUCCCUACUCUAUUAGUCACUGACGGGUCCUGCAUGAUAGACCGUCGAAUGGGAAUCCAUGGUCAUCCCCUGGAGAUUCAGGCACUGUUUUAUUCAGCUCUGGUCUGUGCACGUGAGAUGCUUACCCCAGAGGAUGGAUCAGCUGAUCUAAUCCGAGCUCUCAACAAUCGUCUUGUUGCAUUAUCUUUCCACAUUAGGGAAUACUACUGGUUGGACCUGAAAAAGAUAAAUGAAAUAUACCGUUACCAAACUGAAGAAUACUCUUACGACGCGGUUAAUAAAUUCAACAUAUAUCCAGAUCAGAUCCCAUCAUGGUUAGUGGACUUUAUGCCCAACAGAGGAGGAUAUUUGAUUGGAAACCUUCAACCCGCGCACAUGGAUUUCAGAUUCUUUUCUUUGGGGAACCUUUGGUCUAUAGUGAGCAGUUUGGCUACAAAUGAUCAAUCACAUGCAAUUCUUGAUUUUGUCGAAGCCAAAUGGGCAGAACUAGUAGCAGAUAUGCCAUUCAAGAUUUGUUACCCUGCUAUGGAAGGUGAAGAAUGGCGAAUAAUAACCGGAAGUGAUCCAAAGAACACUCCUUGGUCUUAUCACAAUGGAGGUGCCUGGCCAACUUUGUUAUGGCAGCUGACAGUAGCAAGCAUCAAAAUGGGUAGACCAGAGAUUGCAGAAAAGGCGGUUGAGUUAGCCGAGAGACGGAUUUCUAUUGACAAAUGGCCCGAGUACUACGACACCAAAAGAGCAAGAUUCAUCGGUAAACAGGCACGGCUUUACCAGACUUGGUCCAUCGCGGGUUACCUCGUGGCCAAGCUCCUCUUGGCAAAUCCAUCGGCAGCAAACUUCCUCACUAGUGAAGAGGAUUCGGAUCUGAGAAACGCAUUCUCAUGCAUGAUCAGUGCUAACCCGAGAAGGACACGAGGACGCAAAAAGGCUCAACAACCAUUUAUUGUAUGA